AUGGUGUGGGAACAACAGGGAAGAGUAAUUGUCAUGUUGACUGACAUGGACGAACGAGGAAUGCCAAAGGGUACACCAUAUUGUCCAGAUGCUGAAGAUAUAUCCAGUAUUAGACUGUACGGUGACCAUGAAGUCAUUCUUAAAACAAAAGACUUCAAACAAGAAUACAUAGCAUCAACACUUGAACUGAAGGACAUGGAGAACAAUUUGGUAAGAAAAUUGAAACACUUCUGGUAUACAUCAUGGCCUGCCCAUGGAUUCCCAGAACCAAUAUCUCUGGUAAAAUUCAUUCUGGAUGUCAGGCUACAAAAUGAGGAAAAAUUAGCACCUCUUAUAGUACAUUGCAGUUCUGGUACAGGCCGGACAGGUACAUUUGUAGCCAUUGAUUCUGGUAUCAAAAUGUUUGACAAGUCACACACAGUGGAUAUACUCAACUGUGUGUACAGAAUGAGACUUGAAAGGCCACGGGCAGUCCAAACAAAGCAGCAGUAUGCAUUGAUAUACAAGGCCCUGCUUGAAUAUGCGUCCAUGGUGGUCAGUCCAUCAACAUCAUCAACAUCUUCCCGAGCCACAGGAAAUGCAGUUACAUUUUCUUUCCUUCAUUCAAUUUUUCAUUCUAUUUCUUUCAAUUUUUUGUAUUUUUUUCCUUUAGUUUCCUUCAAUCAAUUUUUUUUUCAUUCAGAUAUUUCUAAUUCCAGUUUUUCUUUCUUGCAUUCAAUUGUUCUCAGUGCUUACUUAUAUUUCUUUAGUCUUUCUUUGUUUUUCCUUCACUUUUUUCCUCUUUCAACUUUUGUUCUUUCAGUUUUCAUUCAGUUUUUUUCUCUUUUCUUUUAUUCAGUUUUUCUCAGUGCUUGA